AUGUACUCAAGCUACCUUGAGGAGUAUCACGGUGCGCUGACCGAAUUCCACACACGUAGCUUCAACCUGUUCACCACUCAAGUCUCUCGUGAUCGAGCGUGCAUGGAAUUUUCGGUUGGCUCCAGCAUUCGCAUUUGGGUUUCCGAAAACCACCCGGCCAUUCUGUUUACGUGUACUGAUGUAUUCAUGAGAAAGUUUCUGCUCUACGCUGGCAACCGACUGAUGGGUGGCCUAUGUCACAUCCGCAUACGGUCAAAAAAGGACGCUACCUACGGUGUCCAGUUUCUGCGUGCGCAGUGGGCUGGUCUUGAGCACUACCAGUGUGUUUGGUCGGCAAGGCGGAUGAUCGACUUUCAGGAGAAUCUGUUGCAACGCCACUGCUCGAUUCGUGCUGAUCCAUCCGGUGACAUCAGUUGCGUUUGCAACCAACCCGGUUAUGUGACUCUUGUGCAGCUCGCUUCUGCAAAAAUAGAGAAACAAUCAUUUGGAUCAAGCAGUUCACAUACUCGACCUUUUGGUCGCAUUUGUCGGGGUUUAUUAAUGACCGAGUCACCUGAAGACUAUUUGAAACGUUUUUUGUCCGAUGUGGAUGGGAUCGUCGGCCUAUACAUAUGUGAUAAGGAUGGGGUGAUUAUGGUCAGCGCCUCACUACCGGAAGAGAUGCCAGAUCAAGCGAUGCAAUCCUACGUAAUGUCCGCAUUCCUCAGCUCUGUUCAGCAGUCUGCCAAAUUGGGCUCUGGCAACCUGGAAUGGAUGAUCACUAGGUACCAGGAAAUGGUGGUGCUAUGCUGGCCACUGAGCCUUUUAUACGUCCUCUUCUCGAACGUUUAGCUCCUCACGUUGCGUCAAGACUGCGAAACGAGGAAUUAAUGGGGUUGCAAUCAGAUGGUCAAUAUUUUCGUGUCUGACUGCAAAUUGUUUUCCCACUUAUUAUCUCCUAUGGAAUUUCAGAUUCGAACAAAUCCCAUCUCAACGUUACUGGAUGAAUGCCGAUCGGCCGUAUUUUAUCUCAUACUCUGAACUUGUGAACCCAUACAAUCACGCUGUUUCUUCUCGGUGAUUGGUCUCCACCAACAAUUCUUCUUCUAUACAUUUGGUCAACUCUUUUUGUUGCCUUUGGAUUUCAGUCGACGGCCGUAACGAUUAUUUUCCUUCCCUUU